AUAAACACAAAAAUUGUUCACCCACCUCUGCAAACGCCAAUUUACUGUUUCUCGCCACAUAUAACCCCAACAGGCACCUAAGUUCUCCUCUCUCAUUCAGUUCUCUCAUACCUAAACAGAAAGGGCGCCAUGGCGGGACCGCUAAGGCCUCAAUUCGUUCUCUUUGGAUCCUCCAUUGUCCAGCUUAGCUUCGGCAAUGGCGGUUGGGGUGCCACCCUCGCUGACAUCUAUGCUCGCAAGGCUGACAUAUUUUUGCGGGGAUAUUAUGGAUGGAAUUCACGACGGGCUGUUGAGGUCCUUGAUAAAGUUUUCCCAAAGGAUGCUGCUAUACACCCCUCUCUGGUAAUAGUUUAUUUUGGUGGUAAUGAUUCAAUGGGACCUCACCCAUCUGGCCUUGGCCCUCAUGUUCCACUAAACGAAUAUGUAGAGAAUAUGAGAAAAAUAGCAACUCAUCUGAAGAGCCUUUCGGAUUCAACACGCAUAAUUUUUCUUAGCUGUCCUCCUGUUGAUGAGGCCAGGGUUCGUCAAAACACAAGUGGAGUCUUUAGCCACCUGGUACGAACAAAUGAAUUAUGCAGAAUGUAUUCAGAUGCUUGUAUACAGCUGUGUCAGGAGAUGGAUAUCAAGGUGGUUGAUCUUUUUACUGCUUUUCAGAAUAGAGAUGACUGGAUUACUGCUUGUUUUACAGAUGGGGUUCAUUUAUCUUCUGAAGGGAGCAAAAUAGUUGUAGCCGAGAUAUUGAAAGUAAUAAAAGAAGCUGAGUGGCAGCCAUCUUUACACUGGAAGUCCUUGCCAACUGAAUUUUCAGAGGACUCUCCUUACGAUCUAGUUGCUGCUGAUGGUAAAACCACUUUAAAUGCCUCCGAGUGGACAUUUCACUGGGAGAUUCAAUGGGAUUAGAUUAAGGAAAUUCUUUACUUUUGUGUAUUUCAAAACAAGAAACAAAAAACUAAAGAUUGACCAUCCCUUCAAACAAAAUUUGGGUAAAGGAAUGAACUUGGAGUUACCAUCUUAAUGUAACUGCUUCUUAAGUAUUCAUGCCUAUGUUUGUUUGCAAUAUUUUGUUGUCUGUGUUCAAUAAGCAUGCAGAAGUUGCACCUGCAGCGUCAGCCACACUGGCCAAUGUGUGUGUUGGCCCUCCUGCAGGUGCAGCCAUGUUGUAUUAUCUCCUUCAAGAUUUCCCCUGCUCAAGAAAGGCAAUAGUUGAAU